GAUACAAUUUUCAAGUAAUUACAUCCCAGUCUCGACAACCACAGAGCCACCAUAUUCCAACACGCAACAUUUCAUCAUGUCACCCCAGCCAGUAGAUGCUAAAUUCAAAAUUCUUAUGGCUGCAAUGUCACAGUUUUCAGAUAACAAAAAAGAUUUUCUUCCACCUCCCAACUACCACAAACUCGCAGAACAACUCGGAUUGCCUAGUUAUGCCUCUGCGCAAGGAGUAUGGAAACGACUCACGGACGAACUAAAGGUGGGAACGAAGGGAGACCUCAAGAUUCGGGAUCCGGAAGCAGAGAAAAAAAAGAAGACUGCAGAGUCCCCAGUCAAGAAACAAGCAGCUGAAGAAUCGGACGCAAUGGCAGAUGAUUCUGAGUCCUCCCCCACCAAACGAUCGAAAGUCAAUGCCAGCAGACGCGCCGUAUGAAAAGCAACUACCAAAGCGGGAAGCGAAUCGGAAGGAGAGACUGUCACAUCGAACUUCGGUUGCGUGGAAGAUCAAAGCUGGUAUCUGAAUGAUAAGGCUUGAGUCUGCGCAUGGUUAUUAUUAAUGGAAGGCUACAGAAAAUGAGAGUAUUGGAGAAUUGUAUCGAUGGUUGGAUUUCCCUGGAAAAGUAAGUGCAGGACUAGACACGUCUAGUUAGUAUCAAAUGCAAGCA